CGCACCCCACGGAUUUCGACGAGCUUGGCGCAACGACACUUCGACUCUCACACACCAAACUCUUGCCCAUCCAGUUCGACAAAAUGGUCAACGUCCCCAAGACCCGCCGGACUUAUUGCAAGUCGGAGAACAAGCACACCACCCACCGCGUCACGCAGUACAAGGCCGGUAAAGCCUCCGCCUUCGCCCAGGGAAAGCGCCGAUAUGACCGCAAGCAAUCCGGUUACGGUGGUCAGACAAAACCCGUUUUCCACAAGAAGGCCAAGACCACGAAGAAGAUCGUGCUGAGAAUGGAGUGCACGUCGUGCAAGACGAAGAAGCAGCUCCCGCUCAAGCGCUGCAAGCAUUUCGAACUUGGAGGCGACAAGAAGACCAAGGGUGCUGCGCUUGUGUUCUAAACUCGUUCGUGGGGUGGGCAUGGCGGGAGAGGAAGGAGAUCACGGGUGGCUGGCGUUCAGGUUACGGCUGUGGCUGUCAGCAUAGCGAUUGUCACAUAAGACCUAUGGAAUGAUCACCAAUUCUCGUGUUCGACACUGGACCUGCUGUGAGAACGUUUUGAGGGGAGAUCGAUGGACAGCGAGAAUUGGCGGA